AGUCCUCGACGUGUCACCGAGUCGUGUGUAUGCGUUCAGUGCGUCCUAUCACAUUGUCAGGGCAACAUAAGAGCCUCGCACCACGAAUGGCCGGUCCCAUUCAGCACACUACGACCUCCUGAACUGUGUGUAUACAAUCAGCCAAUCAAUCGUGUCUUCCACCCUUUGACGCCAAACCCAGGGGUUCCUCCUAGGAAGUCUCCAUGUAGUGGUCCGAACUUGGGGUACAAGAUAACCCAGUGAUUUGAGUGGUAAAUUAGGAGAAAAGGGGAGGGGGAAGCAAGUGGGUUGAGGACUCGACGUACUAUUAUAAGGGGUAUCUUUUGGAUAGCUGCCACCACCCCAACGAUCUAAGGAAACUAACAACCAUAUCCCCGUCAAGCGACGUUUCCCUACCUUGCAGGUUUGCCAGGUCAAAACCUUCCGUGAAACACUCUCAUCUGGUAACACUGCAAUCAAGAGCAUUCGGUUAACGGAAAUCGGUGUCCUUAACAUUUUCUAUAUGCAGGAAUCUAUGCCUUCCCUUAUUAACAUGGCCACCGUAGUUAAUUCUAUGAUGUUUUCAUUAAUUUGAUUGCAUAAACAAACAAACUAACCGAACAAACUUGUCACAUCCACAUAGGAAUAAGCAAAAACCAGCUGUAUCAUACUCUUAAGUUUAUUUAAUCUCACAAGCAAGAAAAAUAUGCUGGAAUGAAGAAUUCAGUCAUUAGUCCACGCACACAGCUACCUAGCUAAAUGUCUUAAAAUACCUUAGACAAGACAAUACUUAUCAACCAGUAGAUGGGCGCGCCUGGAGCCGCCCGCAGAUGCCACGUGGUCCUCACGCCCACGAUGGAGUCCCCUAGGAUCCAAAACAUGCACGCCGCUUCAAAAAACACUCGCAAAGUGCUCCUCCAGCAAACACGCCUCUGGUAACCUCCUAGGGCCGCCUCUGCCUGAAACACACAGUCGAGGUGACUUGUGGAUGCUUGCAAGGUAGGAAGACCCACCACGAUGUAACACGUGGAGCCGAGAGGAGAGAAGGCACGUCCGCCAGCAGACUGCAGAGAGGUCACACCAAGAUGAGAGCGGGGCCCGGGCUUCAAGCUGGGUCGCCCUCGCCCUCGCUUGCCCGGCGGGCAAGAUUUACAUAGAUUUACAUAGAAAAUCAGACCACACAGACCCCAUGGUCCAGACUUGGUGGUCUGUCCUUAAACCUAAGUGAUUUUACAUUAAUCAGAAGACUCCAAAACGUUGCAUUUCUACUCUAGUUGAUAUUAAGUUGAAGGAAGUGACGGUCGAGCUUAUUUUUGAAGGAGUCAAUCGUGUUACACUGGACCACUGACGGUGGGAGCUUAUUCCAUUCUCGCACUACAACGUUGGUGAAGAAAAAUUUGGUGCAGUCUGAAUUUACUUGUCUACAUCUGAGUUUUACGCCAUUGUUCCUCGUGCGCAAAGUGUCAUCGAUCAUAAACAAUGUUGAUCUGUCUACAUUCGUGAAACCAUUAAGUAUUUUAAAACAUUCGAUCAGUUUUCCUCGGAGGCGACGUUUCUCAAGAGAGAACAUGUUAAGGGUAGAAAGCCUUUCUUCGUAGGAUUUGUUGCGCAAGGAAGGGAUAAUUUUCGUUGCCCGACGCUGAACACCUUCUAAUUUAGCAAUAUCCUUUGCAUGGUGGGGAGACCAAAACUGUACCGCAUAUUCCAAGUGGGGUCUGACUAAACUGUUGUAGAGCGGGAGUAUUACAUCUUUAUUCUUAAAUAAAAAGUUUCUUUUAAUGAAGCCCAACAUUCUGUUCGCUUUAUUUGCUGCAUCGAUGCAUUGCUGUGAGAAUUUGAGGUUUGACGCGAUUUUGACCCCCAAGUCCUUGACGCAUUGAACGCUUUUGAGUUUAACGCCGCGCAUUUCGUAAUCAAACUUUUUAUUCCUCGUUCCAACUUGAAGGACCUGGCACUUGUCUACGUUAAAGGGCAUCUCCCAUCUAUCCGACCAAGCUGAAAUUUUGUGCAAAUCCUCUUGGAGGCUUUGCCUGUCUUCGUCAGUGAGAACCGAGUUGCCAAUCUUUGUGUCGUCUGCAAAUUUACUAAUGCGGUUAUUGAGUCCAACAUCCACGUCGUUGAUGUAAAUAAUGAAGAGCACUGGGCCAAGAACCGAGCCCUGAGGGACGCCACAACUGACAUCUCUCGUCCUGAUUGCACUUAAUCUAACGCCCUUACGGCUAUGGGUUAUUAUUUGUUAAUACCCUAACAGUGCCGGGGAAGUGCUCCGUGCCUCUCUGCAGACGAAAUUAUGAUAGCGAUUCUCGUGUUAGUGUCUUCUCCUUCCCGAAGAAUCCAGAGCAGCUGACCACAUGGGUCCGGGCCAUUCACCGCGAGGAUUCUUUUGUCCCCACAAACCAUACCAAAUUUACCUGCCAGUUUUCAAGUCCUUGUUCGCGUCAGAAGUGAGACAACAGAAGCCUGACCAAGGAGGCGCUGCAAUUAGAACUAGCAGUGUAGUUGUCUGUCCUGAAGACUGCAUUUAUUUUACCCUGUGAGCAGGAUAACCAAACUUAAGAUUCAAAACCCACGGCGAAUAUCAACACACAACCUGCUGGUAGUGACGGACGGAUCGUAACUGAACGCACGAGUUCCUCUCCCGCUUUAGAAUACGCAAACGAAAAGAUAGCGGUGGGAACUUGCAUAUCAUCUAACCCCUUGACACAAUGAAAGCAUUUCGGCUAAGUAGACUUUCUACAAUACUUUCAGGAUCAGUUUUCAUUCUUAUAAUGUUAUAUGUAUCUUACCCAAUAAGUCGUCCACAACUACUACAGCAGGAGAGCGAUAACACAAAGAAAGAUGAUCAGCUCCAUGAAGAUAAUCCAAAACUUAAAAACAUUCUCGACACCAUAAAAAGAUACUUGCCAGAACAGUCUUCGAGUGGGAAAAUUUUGCACGAUAACUCUUCUGAGGCUGAUCCUGAUGAUGUCCACGACUUAAGGCCUGACGACAUCUUUGAUCUUAGCCCAGCAGAUUGGCGGCCUACGCCUCCCAUGAUUCCUGUUGCGACCAACACGGAGGAGUGUCUGCCACAGAUGAAGGACCUCCGCGUUCAACCCGUCAACGAGCAAGACUGUGAUCAACCCUACGUGCUGAUGAAUCACGGCGGGCGGCUGGGGAACAAGUUGUGCCAGUACGCCAGCGUCUACCUCCUGCGACAUCUUUACGGAGUCAGGGUGGCCAUUAGAAAAUCUAUGCAGAACAACUUACAGGGCGUAAUGAAGGACAUCUCCUUGCCAACACACGAAGCCGGUUGUUUCCCAAGUAACACUACCAAUCUCAGGUACGACGCUAUGUACAUGAAGCUUUACACGGCAGCAAAGGAAGCCAGGCUCGGAACCACAAACAAAAACUUAAUAACGACGCCGCUGCUCAACCAGUCCUACUACGUGUUCAACAACCCUGGACCUCGUGCCCUCCUCAUGGACCAUCGGGACCUGCUGCGUUCCAUUCUCAGGUUCAAAGACGAGAUAAUCUCCAAGGCUAUUGGAAACAUUGACAAGGCCAUCAAACCAUACAACGCUACGUAUUACCGAAGGGACUUUCCUAUCGUCACUGUGCAUGUUCGGCGAUCGGACUACACUGGCUACAUCAGAAGGAAAUAUAACUUGACGCAGUUGGACGAAGUUUACUUCAAAAGAGCCUUUGACUUCUACAAGGAAAGGUUGAAAGGGCCCGUGUUCCUUGUGCUGAGUGACGACCUGGCGUGGUGCAGGAAAAAUCUGGCGACAAAGGACGUGGUGGUCAUGGAUGGAGCAACCGCGGCCGUAGAUAUGGCUACAGUCAGCCUUGGAGACCACCACGUCACCAGUUACGGCACCUACAGCUUUACUGCAGCCUUGUUGGGUCCCGGGCACAUCACACACCCCAUCGACCACAACAGACGGUACAAGGUCGUUGACUGUGUGCAAUCAUCUUACUUCCAUUUUAUAUCCAGGGACAAGACAUAUGAGAUUGACAACUCUCGUGUAAAACUGGUGUAGUGUCUUUGGUGGCUCGGAGAUAAUAGUGUAGAAAAUAUGGCGGUAGGAGAGACAAAUUACGUCAAGAAAAGGAAAAUAGGCAAGAGGACCUGUGGCAUGCAAGGUUGCUGCUGCCAACUCUACAUUCAUUAACCAUGAAUGAGUGUGUUGCCACUCACCAGGGUUGAAAAAAAUCAUUAUUUAAAAAAAAGAAAAAAAAAUCGAUUUAAUUGGUUUGAAUCGGAGUUUUAUGAUUUCAAUCGAUAUUUUUUAUAUUUAAAUUAUUUUUUUUGCAUUAAUCCUUGUUUGUUUCCACUGAUUAUUUGUUUCAGUUCAGCCAUUUUCUUGUAUUAAACUUUGCCAAUGUUAAUUAAAUGAAACCAAAGUUUAAUAUACAUUACCCAAGAUGAGUUUUUCACACAAAUAUCAUAAGUAACCAUAAAAAUCAUAAGUUGCCUACUUAUCUAUUUAUAUGUUGUCAAAUUUGGAUCAUAUUAAUAAGAAAUUAGACUUAAUCAUGUUACUUUGCAUUAAGAAUAUAAUUAAGCUCAUUAAUUAAACUUCAUAAUUA